AUGUACGAAGCAUGGUUACAAGUGAAGAGAGAGCGAAAACAAGCAAUUGUGGAAGCAGAGCGCAGGGCAGAAGCGGCGCGACAAGCAUACAAAGCAGCCCUUCAAGAUGUCAACGACGCUAUCAGACCUAACCAACAACAAUGUGCACCAAGCAUGUACCAAAGUUUCAAGAAGAAGAGCACCCCUAGUCCCUAUUUCGAGGACAUUGUAUUUGAACAAGAUAUCAAGGAACCAGAGCUGCACUGGCAGGAAAGGAAAAUGCUUAGUACCCUGGACAGGUGGUAUAAGCUGAAAGAAUUUGAUGUCCAACCACCUGACGCACUCCGGUUACGAGAAACUCCCAAAACAAUAGCUCACGCACUAGGCUUCACAAAAUUCAAACUUCCAAUACCACAACAACACCACCUCGCUUUUACAUACAUGUUAAACCCCGAAGCAAACCCUGGACCCCAGUAUAAAGCAAAAGGAUACCAAACAAAACAACAAGGCUACGAUCGUGCCAUGGUUGAAGCAGCCAGGGUGUACUGA